AUGUCUGCUCCCGUUCAACAUACUCCCGUUCAACAACAACAACAAAGCUGUAAUUGCGAUUUGCUAUUAUGGAGGAACCCUAUUCAAACCGGUAAAUACUUUGGUGGGUCCUUAUUAGCCUUGUUAAUUUUGAAAAAAGUUAACUUGAUCACUUUCUUUUUGAAGGUUGCUUACACCGUACUAUUCACAACAGGUUCCAUUGAAUUCGUAUCCAAACUCUUUUUGGGCCAAGGUCUGAUCACUAAGUAUGGUCCUAAGGAAUGUCCAAACGUCGCUGGCUUCAUCAAGCCUCGCAUCGAUGAAGCCUUGAAGCAAUUGCCAGUUUUCCAAGCCCACAUAAGAAAAACCGUGUUCGCUCAGGUUCCUAAGCACACUUUCAAAUCCGCUGUUGCCCUAUUCCUCCUACACAAGUUCUUCUCAUGGUUUUCCAUCUGGACCAUUAUGUUCGUCGGCGACAUCUUCGUUUUCACUUUGCCAGUUAUCUACCACUCUUAUAAACAUGAAAUCGACGCCACCGUCGCUCAAGGUGUAGAGAUCUCCAAGCAAAAGACCCAGGAAUUCUCCCAAUUGGCCUGUGAAAAAUCAAAGCCAUAUUUGGACAAGGUCGAAUCUAAAUUGGGCCCUAUCUCCAAGUUGGUCAAAAACAAGACUGCUACUGUUUCCUCAACUACUGGUCCUGAAACCGCCACCACUGUCAACUUGGCCGCUGAAGUUCCAUUAGAACCUGAGUCUAAAGCCUAUACAUCUUCCGCUCAAGUCAUGCCAGAAGUCCCAGAACACGAGCCUUCUACUACCAGAGAAUUCAACGUCGAUGAAUUGUCUAAUGAAUUGAAGAAAAGUACAAAGAACUUGCAAGAUGAAUUGGAAAAAAACAACGCUUAA